CGCUGCACGCCGCCACAUAAAUCACGAGCAUUUAAAAUAAAAACGAUCGCAUUCAUCCCAAAGUGAAGCAAGAAUUAAAAAACGAAAUAAGGGAGAAGGGCGUUCAUCGUUCUUGGGCUAUCGUUUACGGAGCUAUUCGGAGCACUCAUGAAUAUGACAUCAGCGGUCGCGCCUGACCCGCGAUGUUGAUUUAUGCGGCGUCGGUGAUCCAUCACGCGGGGACGGAUAACUGGCCGCACAAACACACGCCGCACACUUUUGCGACGCGACAACGGUCGCCGACAACCUUUUGUGCAUCGAGCUGAGAUUGUUUGCCAAUUGAGUAUGCAUGAAGUUUGGAGCGAUAUAUUGAAUCGAUGAGCUUUUCUGUCGGUUGAGACUUUGUUUGUUUUAGUUUUAUUACUGUUUUGUUUGUAAAGUGGGUUAAUGUAUUCCAAAGAGUUUUGUAAGUGUUAUCAUUCUCUUAUUCUGCUCGUAUAUAGCGACUUUGUCUGACAUACAUAGUUCCAUUCAAUAACAACUCACGAAAAAUUGGCUAUGUAAUUAUCAAAAAUGUGUCAUCUCAGAUACCCAAAGAAAACCUCUCGACAUGUAAACUAAUAUAAAGCUAACCAACAAAACAAGUGAAAAGCAGUGUUUAAAAAUGCGUCGUCGUCCACUACCACCGGUUCGCGAAGAGGUAUCGAACUCGAAGUCGUGGCGGACACUAUGCGAGAGUGAGUGGGCGGUGUACGCGCUCGUGGCGUCAGUGGGCGCGCUCACGUACGCCAACAGCCUCAGUGGCGAGUUCGUGCAUGACGACAUCCCGGCCAUCGUGUCCAACAGUGACGUGAAUGGGGCCAACCCAGUGUUGCAAGUGUUCAGGAACGAUUUCUGGGGGACGCCGAUGUCGGAUCAUAAUAGUCACAAGUCGUAUCGGCCGCUGACUACGCUGUCUUUUCGACUAAACUACAAGCUAUGCGGCUUCCUACCGUGGUGGUGGCACGCGUGUAACGUUGCGUUGCACGCUGCGUGCUGCGCGCUGGUUGCUCGCACGGGCGCGCUGGUUGCGAGGUUGCAGCGCCCGUUUGCAGCGCUCGCGGCGCUGCUGUUCGCGGUGCACCCUGUACAUACUGAGGCGGUGGCAGGAGUAGUUGGCAGAGCAGAUGUGCUGGCCUGUCUCUUCUUCCUCUCUUCUGUUCUGCUGUAUCAUGGGUCGUCAGGUCGACACCGGGUGUGGUCUAGCAUUGCGCUGGCUGCUCUCAGCAUGCUCGCCAAGGAGACAGGCCUGACUGCGCUGCUGUUCAAUGUCGCCUUCGAUCUGUACCGAUGUUGGAGCUCCAAUAGAUUUUCGCCAUCGUUGAAAUGGCGGUGGCGCAGUGAAAGUUCAUACGGGCGGGUUUUGCGCGCACUCGCCGCAUUGGUACUGCUAGUCGGGGCCCGACUCGCAUUGCUGCAAGGGUCCCUCCCUGCGUUCUCGCCACAAGACAACCCGCCCGCUUUCCAUCCUUCUUUUAGUGUGAGAUUAAUGACAUUCUGCUACCUAGCAGCGUUCAACUGGUGGCUGCUCCUGUGCCCGUGGGCGUUGAGCCACGACUGGCAGAUGGGGUCCGUGCCGCUCGUCACCAGCGGCUGGGACCCCAGGAACUUGCUCACCUGUGCAGCUUUUAUAGCGCUGAUUGCGCUGUCCUGUCGGUGCUUGCUGGAUUUAGAGCUGCAACGCCACACGCCAGCUGUAGUGGGGCUGAUGCUGCUGGUGAUACCGUACCUGCCAGCUUCCAACCUGCUCGUCACUGUGGGCUUCGUGGUGGCCGAGAGAGUGCUGUAUAUACCCAGUGUGGGUUCAGUAAUAAUCACCGUGUACGGAGUGCAGCUGAUGUGGCGACGCAGCUUCGGCAGCAGGCUGCUGAUCCUCGGAGUAGCUGUGCUGGUGGCCGGUGGAGUCGCCAGGACACAUCUACGGAACAGGGAUUGGAGGACCAGGGAGACUUUGUUAAGAGCGGACCUAUCAGUGUUGCCACAUAACGCGAAGUUGCACUACAAUUUCGCGAACUUCUUGAAGGACAUCGAGCAGCAAGAGAAUGCUAUCAAACAUUACAAAGAGGCUUUAAAACUAUGGCCCAGUUACGCAAGUGCCCACAAUAACCUAGGCACGUUGGUGCUGGCAUCAGGGAGGGCCGAAUACCACUUCUUGCAAGCGCUGAAAUACAACAGGGAUCAUGUGAAUGCACACUAUAAUCUAGCUAAAUUAUACAGAAAGAAGAAUCGAAUACCGGAAUCUCUAAAGAUGCUGGAACGCUGCAUAUCUUUAGAGCCGAGGUUUGUUCAGGCGUACCUGGAACUCCUGCUGCUCAAACCUGAAGAUGAGAAGAGAGGAGUUCUAGACAAACUGCUGGAAUUAGAGCCGAGGAAUUGGGAACAUUACUUGCUUUACGGCAACUGGUUGAAGGACAGAGGUCUCCUACCACUAGCACUAGAGUACUACACGCGAGCGAUGCGGCUGUCGUUCAGUAGUGCACACGGCAGCGCGCGAGGCGAGGUGGUGUCACUGCGCUCUGCCUGCCUAGCGCUGCGCUCAGUGGGGCAGUACAGCCGGGUGCUGCAGCUGUUAGUCAGAUGGCACGGCGUCCGUGGAGAUGGUCAGCCAGCGAGUCGGAGACUUCUAGCUGCGCGCGCGUGGCGCCUGCGCAGCGAGCUCGCCGAGCGCGCCGCGCUAUACGCCCGCCCGAGGUUGCAGCCCACGCCUAUAACAUCAACAUGUUUACAUCACAGUCACCUGGAAGUGUCGGUAGAUCCAAACAAAUUAAAACCAAACGAUAGAAUAUUAGCACAAAACAUAAUGCACAGUGGUGCAACAUCGAACGGUGCAGAAAAAAAUAAUGUAAAUAAAAAUAAUUGCCAAAAAUUCGAGCAUAGGAAAAAAAGUGUUUCGCUGUCUAGCCAUUAUAAAUUAACACAUAAUAAAUCAGAAUCAGGACAGAGGCAGAAAAGCUGUCCUUUACACAAGAAGAAGAAAAUUAAAGAUCCUGAGUUCACGCCGUUUGUGUCAGACCAUUUGAUAAAGACUUAUUAAUUAGUGGUGUAAGUUAGAUACGAUUUUUUGUGUUACCGACAUGUACUGUUGGUAUAAAAUACCUACUUUAUUAUCCCAUUUGUACCGGUAAAAAUGUUUACCUAUGUGUUUUAGGUAACACAAAAAAGCGUGUCACACAGUACAUAUUGAUAUUUUU